AAAAUGUAUAGAAUAUUUGUGUAAUAGCUUGUUUUUUAUACUAAUAAUAUCUUUUAUAAUAUAAGUGAAGGAAAGGGAAGAUAAGUUAAGGAUAUUAAAGGGACAUUAGUGUGAGGUAACGGCAACGUUGCGGGCGCGGUAUUUAAACCACUGCAGUUUACAUAGAGCUGUCAGAAUUUGGAGGGAAAGCAGACAGUGAACAUCUACAGGCUUGGUUAAAGUUUUCUCUACAAUUCCCUUUAAACACGUUUUUAUACAAGAUGGAUCAACAACCUUCUGUAGCUAGUUUUUUCCAGACGAGGAAACGUACAUCUCCUGAACAAUUGAAGACUAGGGCAAACAAGGUUUUAGUAUUGGACAGUGAGGAUGGAUCCAAAGGGCCUGCAAGUCUUCAGUUUAUUUGUGAUGCUGAAAUUAAAAAUAUGGAAAGAAAUGUGAGUGCAAAAGACCAUAAAGUUAAGUUACAAAGUGAGAGGAAGAAACAGCUUAAAGCAGCUAUACAGAAAAAGAUUAAAGAUAGUAAGAAUCAGCCAGUUCUGCAAGAUCUUUUUAUUAAGAUGGUACAGAAAAAUGAUUAUGUGAAAAUGGAUGUUGAUCCUGAGGAACAUUUGAAGACUCCACCUGCUAGCCCCACAAAAAGGAUUAAUUUAAUGGACAAUUUGAGAGAACCAACUCUUAAAGAUAUUAAGGAUAAGAUUACCAAAAGCUCUCGUUUGGCUGAUCUUAAAGCUUCCUUGGCCAGAUUUAAACAAGGCCAAGAUAAAUUGGACAAGAAACCUGAAGCAAAGGGAAUUAAUUCUACAGAGAUAAGUACCAAGAAAGAACAAAUUGCCAAUACACUUAAUACAAGAAAAGAAAGUGUAGCUAAGAAAAGCUUAUUUAGGACCAGAUCUUCUGAGAAUUUAGUGGAUCAGAAAACAUCUUUUAAUAUUCCUUACAAGUAUCGGACAUUGGCUGAGAUCUUCAGAAGCAUAGAUACUGUCUGCCAAAUUAUGCACAAUAGAAAGGAAACAAUCACUUUUAGGCAUUUGAAACCUGCAUUGGAGGAAUUGCUUAAAAAGAAUGUGAAAUUAUCUCAUUUGGCUCAGUUAAAGACCUUGUAUCCAGAGGCUUAUAAUUACAGACAGGAAAAAAUAAGAUCCUUUGGUGCUGGAAUCAACCAGGAGAAGUGGGAACUUGUUAUUGUUCCUAAUGUUGAGGAAUCUAUGACAUCACAAGUUUUGCUUGAACGCAGAAGGAACUUAUAUAACAUAAUUAUUGAGAAGAUAAAGGUUUUGCAUGCACAAUUUUUACUAACUCUAAGUCCGCCAAUUGUUAUUGCCAAGGAGAAUCUGAAACGUUGGCAUCCAGAGUUUGAUAUUGAAAAGAUUGCUGACGUCGAGCUGGCAGAUUUACCGGAGGCUCCAUAUGAAGAAAAGUUAUCUACCGGAAAGGAAGUUUUAGAAAAAGUUAAAGCUAUGUUCAAUUGCAAUACUCGUAUGGAAACAGCUUUGGAUAAGCUAAAGAAAGCGCAGGAAACAGAUGUUGAAAAACCGAAAGUGUUGACUUCUGUUCUGAAGGGCAUCCCCAAAGCUCUUCUUGAGAAAGUUAGACAAAAGCAAGCAGCCAAAGCUCUCGAAGCUAUGACAAGAUGCGAGGCUACAGAGAAGGAGCUAAAAAUGUAUGCAAGACUUCCAGAAUUGGUGAAAUUGACACGGAAUAUAUUUGUAGGUGAAAAGAAAAGCGUUUUACCCGUUGACACAGUUUUAGAUAAAUUAGUAAAUAGUGUGCGCACUUAUAUGCAUAAACCUGACAUCGAAAAACAUCUUAGAAUUAUUGCGAAGGAAGUUCCAACUUGGAUGGUCUUCCAUACGGUUCGAAACGGCGUUUUCAUCAAGAUUUUAAAAGACGCCAAUAUUAUGCGUGUUUGUGAUAGUUUGGCAGAAGUACUUAAGCAGAAGAGGAGUGCAAAAGCUUUAUGAAAUUAAUUCCUUUGUUAUUAUAGUUUUAUUUUAUGUUUGAAUUCGUUCGCAUUUUUUAUUUCAAUUU